GUUUCGUCAUAAGAAGGUAGCAAGUAGCAACUCAGUAAGAACUUGAAGUCUUCAAUAAUCUUUUCAAUAAACCCUAAGCCAUUCGGUGCCAAGAUGUCCUCCUUAGGCCUCCGCCAUGCCCGCCGCCUCUGCACCACCCCCGUCGCCAAACAUUCCGCUCAGCUGUCCAUUUCCCAAAUAAAAAAUAAACUUAGACACGAGCACGAUCCAGACGUGUCAGUGCAGAUGUACAAUUCACUCACUUCUUCAAAUGAAUUUUCAACUUCGAAUGCCUUCUUCCGAUACGCCCAAGAAUCCACCGUCCGCCGUCUCGCAAAAUUCCAUCGAUUUACGGACAUCGAGUCUUUCAUAAAUUCCCAGAAAUCCAUCCCCCAAAUUACCGAGGAGCCUUUUCUCUCAUCACUCAUUCGGUGUUAUGGUAUCGCGGGAAUGUUUGAUAAUGCGCUCAAACUGUUCGAUGAAAUGCCUGAGUUGGGCACUCCACGAAGUUCGAUAUCCUUUAAUGCUCUGCUCACUGCUUGUGUACAUUCUAAGCAACCUGAGCAUGUUCUGGAGUGUUUCAACAAGGUUCCAGUGAAAUACGGGGUUGCACCUGAUAAAUUUUCAUAUGGGAUACUAAUUAAUGUUUAUUCUGAGAUGGGGUCACUUGAAAUGGCUAUGGAAAAGUUAAGGGAGAUGGAGGAGAAGGGCAUUGAGGUGACACCAGUCACUUUCACUACAAUUUUACACGGGCUUUACAAGAACGGGAGGAUUGAUGAGGCAGAGAGAUUUUGGAAUGAUAUGGUGAAGAAAAAUGGCAGCUUUGCUGAUGUCGUGGCUUAUAAUGUGAGGCUAAUGCAUAUUCAUGAAGGAGAGGUAGAGAUGGUAAAAGCAUUGAUUGAAGAAAUGCUUGAUGCUGGUUUAAAUCCAGAUGCUAUUAGUUAUAAUUGUUUGAUCUCUUGCUAUUGUAAAAAGGGUAUGAUGGAUGAGGCAAAGAAGGUGUACGACACCUUAGGGUCGAAAGGAUGUAGUCCGAAUAUUGCUACUUUUAAGACUUUAUUGUUUUAUUUGUGCAAACAAGGGCGAUAUAUGACAGCAUAUAAAGUGUUUAAGACUAGUGUGAAGGUGCACAAGCUCCCGGACUUUGACACAUUGAAGUGUUUGGCAGAAGGGUUGGUGAAUGAUGGCCGUAACGUUGAGGUGAAGGGAAUGAUCAGAACAUUGAAUAAGAAGUUACCUCCUAAUCUAUUGAAGGAUUGGGGGAAGUUUGUUGAUGAUCUUGGCUUUACCCCUAUGGAAACCAAGAAGGUUGAUUCUGGUGCCAAUUAAGUGGGCCACUAGGGAGGGAAGACAAAUAUAAAAAGAUCUCCAGAAACAAAUUUAGGUAGAGAGAUUUUAUAAUCAAAUCUCCAUUUGAAGAUGAAUCUAUGUCACGUGCAAGUCUUGGUAUGAUAAUUCAGCGGUAAGGCAUUCAAUGGAACAGAAUGAAAUCGACAACUAUUGAGAGCAUUUUGUUAGAUUUAAAUGACAUAUGAGUUUCAAUGCUUGUUUUGAGACGAAAUUUCAGUGAGCUUUAGAAAUUAGGUUGUUUUAAGAACUUAUUCAUGUUUAGGAACCUUCUUCUUUCCCGAGAACAAGAGUUUUCUUAAGUUUUAGUUGUCUUUAAGACCUUGAAAAUUUGUAGCUCAUAAUUUAUUUUCUACCGCAUGUUUUUCAAUUCUUAAAAUAGCACCUCCAAAGUUCCAAAAGUGAAUAUGAAGUUUCAGC